AUUUCUCGUUGUUUGGCACAAGGGAAUUCUCAUUCUAACGACAAUGCAUGACUAUUACUCGCUCAAUACUGGCUUCCCUUGCCCUUCAGCAGUUCUCCCGCCACUUCUCCUCCAUCGCCCGCCAUGCCCAACCCAAACUAUUGUCUUCUAACUUUGGCUGCCUUCAAAAUGCCGAUUCCUUAUUCGACGCUCUGGUUCAGCCGGACACUCUCAAAUGGAAUGCGAUGAUCAAGGCUCAUAUUGAUCUGGGUCUUGGCUCCCAAGCUCUGUUUGUGUACAGAAAGAUGCGGCAGGCGGGAGUUCAUCACGACAGCUUCACGUUUCCAAUGGUGAAUAAAGCCGCAUCUCUGGCGGUUGAAUCUGAUGUUAUAGUUGGUGCCAUGGUUCAUUGUGUAGCAUAUAAAGUGGGUUUUGUUUCCGAUUUGUACUUCUGCAAUACGAUGAUGGAGGUCUAUGCGAAGGGCGGACUGGUGAUAAACGCCUCCAAGCUGUUUGACGAAAUGCCGCUGAGGGAUCUGGUAUCGUGGACAUCGAUGAUUACUGCUUCUAUUUCUGAAGGAAAGUUAUCUUAUGCCUUUGAGCUGUUCAAUGAAAUGAUGGCGGAAGUGGCACCCAAUUCCGUGACUCUAAUUGUCAUGCUUCAAGGCUGCUCUACAGGCACGAAUUGGUCCGCAGGCAGACAACUUCAUGGUUAUCUUGUCAAGAAUGGUCUGUUAGCAGACGUGUCCCUUCAAAAUUGCCUUUUGAGAUUCUACAGCAAAAUGGAUCAUGUCCUAAUGGUGGAGAAUUUGUUCAGUGAAAUGAACCAGAGGGAUGUUGUUACUUGGAACACUUUGAUCAGCUUCUACUCCCUAAAAGAGAAUAUUGGAAAGGUGGCUUCUUUCUUCAACAAGAUGCAACUUGAAGUGGCUGUCAGCAGUGAGACUUUGACUUCAGUCAUAACAGCGCUUGGAAAAGCCUGGUACUUGACAGAAGGUAAGAAGCUACAUUCCCUCGCCAUAAAACUUGGUCUAAAGGACAAUGUCUUAAUGACUUCUCUCUUGGACUUUUAUGCCAAGUGUGGGAAACUAGAAAGCGCAGCUGCAUUAUUUACAGAAAUCUCCCACAAAAGCAGCAUUACUUGGAAUGCAAUGAUGUCAGGUUUCAUCCAAAACGAGUUCUUCCAACAAGCCAUCGACAUUUUCAGGGAAAUGCAAGCUGAAGGCAUCCAACCAGGAGCAGAAACUCUCGGAACCCUCGUCGAUGCUUGUGCUCGCUUAACUGCAUUCCAUCUAGGCAAAGAGAUCCAUGGAUAUAUCAUCAAGAACCUCAUCCCAAACUCUGCAGCUCAAGAACACCACCUCUCCUUGAUCAGCCAGAUCUUAAACAUGUACAUAAAAUGUGGAAGCAUUUCAUCAGCAAGACAGCUCUUUGACAGGAUGCCAACCAAAGACAUUGUAGCCUGGACAUCGAUGAUUGAUGGCUAUGGAGUCCACGGACGAGGCAUUGAAGCAUUAAACCUCUUCGACAGGAUGCUAGAGGAAACAUCAGUCACCCCAAAUUCCAUAACAAUCCUCAGCCUGCUAUCCAGUUGCAGCCACUCAGGCCUAGUAAGAGAAGGCUGCAAACUGUUUGUUGCUUUGAAACAUGAAUAUGGGAUCCAACCGAGUCUAGAUCACUACACAUGCUUGGUGGAUCUCUUGGGUCGAUCAGGGAACCUGAAGGAGGCCAUGUCCAUGAUUCUCAAGAUGGAGUUUGGCUGUGCUGAUGGAAGAAUAUGGGGAGCUCUAUUGGCUGCAGCUAGAACUCAUGGAGAUAGGAGAGUUGCAGAGUACGCGGCAGGGAAGGUUUUGGAGAUGGAGCCUGAUGGAGUUGGUUACUACACGCUCCUGAGCAAUGUGAGGGCUGGUGGUGGAGAAUGGAUUGAAGCUGAAGAAGUUAGGAGAGGUGUGCGUGAGAAGAUGCUGAGGAAGGAGCCAGGGUGGAGCUUUUUGGAAGGGAGAAUUGGGAUGGAAAAUGAGAACCAUCAUCGGUUUGUUUCUGGAGAUCGUUCGCAUGUGAGGAUUGAGGAGAUUUGUGAAGUGUUGAGACAUUUGAGCUGUCAAGUGUGAGGCUGGCCUGUGAGCACGAUCGAGUCUCAAGUGGACCUGUAUGAAUAAAAUAAAAGUUUGUGG